AUGGGUACUAAAGCUUCACUGCUUCCCACUGUUUUAGUGGUUGGUGGUCUUAUCCGACUUUUACCGCUAUUAUUUCCCCUGAUUCCGUACCAAUUGUCUUCAGUAGUGGAAAUCUCAACUCCCAUCAACUCAUACAAAUCAUUACAAGAAGCCUUCUACUACUUAAAACACGGCAUUAACUUAUAUGAUGGUGGGAUCAACCAUCAUCCGCCAUUGCUUGUGGUGUUAUUAAGUUAUGUACCAAAUUUCAGCAUUUUCUACGCAUUGGUUGAUGUUUACAUCUCCUACAGUCUUGUUAAGCUUCAUAGAUGGUAUCAAGAACAUAACUCAAUAAGAGAAAAACAGCAAUUGGUGGGGUUAGGAGAUAAUUUGAUUGCUGCUUUUUAUUUAUUCAACCCAUUGAUAUUAUUGACAUGUUAUUCUGGCUCCACACUUCCAUUGAGUUUCCUAUUCAUAGUAGAAGCCUUAGUUCAAGCUUGUAUUCAGCAAAAGGGUCCAAGAGCCGUCAUGAUGCUUUCAAUAGCUGCUUAUAUCUCCUAUAAUCCUGCUUUUUUGAUUUUUCCAUUGUUAGGGUUGAUUCAUGUUUCAGCAAGAAAGGCAGCUGUCAAUCUGAAAACCCCAUGGAACCCUAUCCAAGAAUACAUUGAAUCUUCAGGUAUAUACAUUGCAUCAUUGAGUUUACUCUUUUUAUGUUCCUUCGCUGUCACAGCAGGCACACAAUUUGUUGAUCAAUGUUACUGGACUGUGAUUUCCUUAUCUAAGAUUUCACCCAAUAUCGGAUUAUGGUGGUAUCUAUUCACAGAAAUGUUUGAAUUCUUCCGUACCUUUUAUAUUGGGAUCUUUAACAUUUAUGGGUUUAUAUUUUUGAUCCCAAUUACGUGGAGAUUAUUUGAAAGGAAAGACCCUUCAAAUAUUGCAACUGGUGAUUCCUUCUUAGCAUUUGUCCUUUGCUUUACCUGGAUUAACUAUAGCAAAUCCUAUCCAGUGGUUGGAGAUUUGGCUCAAGCUUUACUGUUCUUACCUUUCUUUUACACCACCUCAUUACCCCAUACUCGAUUUGUUUUCGUUCCAUUUUUAGUAUUCUUCGUGGCAUUGAUAUUAGCCCCAAUCUUUUACUACUGUUGGAUUGUGUUGGGAAAUGGGAACUCCAAUUUCUUCUACAGUUUGAAUUUGGUAUGGGGGAUAGGUUACGCACUCUUGCUAACAAAUGUGCUUUGGGGAAGACUAGUGAAAAAUUACCUAAAUACCAACAAGGUUACUCCAGAAAAACAUAGUCUGAUAAGGUUAACUCAAAUGUAA